UAUUGACUUGAUCAUUGCCUCCGGUGAUCUGGUUACUAUAGAUCACGAAGUUGAUGAUGAUAUUGUCAAGGAAAAGUUAAGAUUAAUGUUUAAGCUUCAAAAAUUGUGUUAUGAAAAGAGAGAGAAUGUGUGUGGCAAUCACGAUCCAUCAGAUUCUUUCAAUAUGUACGCAUGUGAUGAACUUGAUAAACAGAGCAUUAUGGCAAGUGCAGGUUCGGACUUGGUCCAGAAUUUCCAUAAUAAAGUGAUCAAUAUAGCACCAGGACUCAGUAUGGUUGGAUUUGGCGGUUCAGGAGACGCUGUAUUAAAAAAUGAGCCAUCCGAAGUUGUCUGGCCAGCAUAUCCCUUGGACACUGAGUCGUUGCUCUCCAAGCAACUACCGAUACUUUUUUCCAAAGUUCCUAAACAAAAUGACAUUAUGCUGGUUACUCAUGUCGGUCCAGCUGAUAUAUCAACAACUGAUGUCAAUAAGUACCCAAAUGAAUUGGAAACAAGGAUAGCUGCAGGGAGCCCUGCUAUAUUUGAACAUAUCGCCAACGAAUCUCCGAGAAAAACGCCGGAUGAUGUAGAUAGACUAACAAUAACGGUCAAUGUUCAUGGACAUUCUCACUUUCCCUUUGGAUUCUCACACAUAGGGCGUACAAUGAUAGUGAACCCUGGUCCGCUUCGGGAUGGACGGUUUGCAAUCCUGACAUUGGAAAGGCGUAGUUUAAAUGAAGUCACUUCAGGGAUAAGAUUCUCAGAAGCAUUGCAACGCGAGCAAGCGUGGGUCGUUGCUGACGUUGAAUUUUAUUGUAUUUAA